AUGGAGCUAGAGCCUAAUAACAGCGAUGAUCUAAGAGCCUGUCAGUUUAACAGCUACCACUUCCUCAUCACCACUUCCCCUCACCACUUCCCCAUCACUACUUCCCCAUCACCACAUCCCUAUCACCACUUCCCCAUCACCACUUCCCCUCACUACUUCCCCAUCACCACAUCCCCAUCACCACUUCCCCAUCACCACUUCCCCAUCACCAUUUCCCCAUCACUACUUCCCAUCACCACUUCCCCAUCACCACAUCCCCAUCACUACUUCCCCAUCACCACUUUCCCAUCACCACAUCCCCAUCACCACUUCCCCAUCACCAUUUCCCCAUCACCACUUCCCCAUCACCACUUCCCCAUACCACUUCCCCAUCACCACUUCCCGAUCACCACUUCCCCUCACCACUUCCCCAUCACCAUUUCCUCAUCACCACUUCCCCUCACCACUUCCCCAUCACUACUUCCCCAUCACCACAUCCCUAUCACCACUUCCCCAUCACCACUUCCCCUCACUACUUCCCCAUCACCACAUCCCCAUCACCAAUUCCCCAUCACCACUUCCCAUCACCACUUCCCCAUCACCACUUCCCCAUCACCACUUCCUCAUUACCACUUCCCCUCACCACUUCCCCAUCACUACUUCCCCAUCACCACAUCCCUAUCACCACUUCCCCAUCACCACUUCCCCUCACUACUUCCCCAUCACCACAUCCCCAUCACCAAUUCCCCAUCACCACUUCCCAUCACCACAUCCCCAUCACCACUUCCCCAUCAUCACUUCCCCAUCACCACAUCCCCAUCACCACAUCCCCAUCACCACUUCCCCAUCACCACUUCCCCAUCACCACUUCCCCAUCACCAAUUCCCCAUCACCACUUCCCCAUCACCACUUCCUCAUCACAACUUCCCCAUACCACUUCCCCAUCACCACUUCCCGAUCACCACUUCCCCUCACCACUUCCCCAUCAUCACUUCCCCAUCACCAAUUCCCCCUCACAACAUUCCCAUCACCACUUCCCCUCACCACUUCCCCAUCACCACUUCCCCAUCACCACAUCCCCAUCACUACUUCCCCUCACCACUUCCCCAUCACCACUUCCCCAUCACCACUUCCCCUCCACCAAAACCUGAAACCAGUGCACAUAACUCUUGA